AUGGCUAUGUCUCAGGUGGUGAACACUUACCCGCUUUCCAACUACAGCUUCGGAACUAAGGAACCGAAGCUUGAAAAGGAUACUUCCGUCGCCGAUCGACUCGCUCGUAUGAAAAUCAACUAUAUGAAAGAGGGCAUGAGGACUAGCGUUGAAGGGAUUCUCCUGGUACAAGAACACAAUCAUCCUCAUAUACUUCUCCUGCAAAUUGGUAACACAUUCUGCAAACUUCCAGGUGGACGCCUGAAGCCUGGAGAAAAUGAAGUUGAAGGCCUGAAAAGAAAGUUGACCAGUAAGCUUGGAGGCAAUUCGGCUGCUCUUGUACCUGACUGGAAGGUAGGAGAAUGUGUUGCCACAUGGUGGCGUCCAAACUUUGAAACCAUGAUGUACCCGUAUUGCCCUCCUCACAUCACGAAACCAAAGGAGUGCAAGAGACUCUUCAUCGUUCACUUGUCUGAGAAAGAGUACUUUGCCGUGCCCAAAAACUUGAAGUUAUUGGCCGUCCCAUUGUUCGAACUCUAUGACAACGUUCAGAGAUAUGGACCGGUUAUAUCGACCAUUCCUCAACAGCUAUCCAGAUUCCAUUUCAACAUGAUUAGUUCGUGA